CGCCAACUUGAUUUCGUUCACUAUGUUAUGUCGCUGAUUCUUACACAGCCUUUCCAAUGAAAAUGCCAACUACCACAAAUAGUAAAGUGGAGGCUAAAUUAGCCUCCCCAGAAUUAGGUGACGCUGCUAAGCAGUGCAUUAACUGUUUAGAAAAGAAAGUGAGAAAUUUGGAAAAGAGGAAGUCAAGAAUAGAGCAAAAUCAAGAGAAGGCAAAGAAGGGAACCAAACUUGAAAAAGAACAAGAGGUUUCCUUGAAUCAAUAUGAUCAAGUUACACAUGAUCUGGAGUUUGCCAGAGAACUGCACAAGCAGUUUCUUCAAAUUUAUACAGAGCAUGAAAAAAUGUCAAAAAAGCAAGCUAAAAGAGAGAAGGCAGAGAGGCAAGCCAUAGAGAUCAAACGUAUUAGUGAGAUACUUCAGCUUCAGUCUUUGCUUGAUUCACUUGGUGGUGAUAAAGUAAGGGAAGAUUUCAAAACAGGAAAGCAUGGUGCUGUGGUAUUAACUGAAGACAAUCUAAAUCAGCUGGAUGAGUUGUACCAAGCCAUUUCCCCUACUCGUGAUGACAGUGGAAAUGAUUAUGCCCAAAAGCUUACAACUGCUGCUGAACACUUGGUCAACAUUUUGGAAGGAAAAGAUCGACAAGUUGUGGGUACCACCUACAAAGAGAUUAAAGAAUUAAUCACUCUUAUUAACGGUUGUGGCUACUUUGAGAGAGCAAACAAGGCUGGCUCUGAUGUUGUUGCAGAAUCAAGUGUUGAAAAUGAAGAGUUUGAAGAUGCAACUGGAGAACCAGUUGAUAGCUUACCGAUUGAUUCUGAAAAUGAUUUAGUACCUGACCAACAAACACAACAGCAGCCUAUUGAUUUGACAAUGGGGAACAAUGAUGGUAUCCAGCCACAGAGAGAUCAUCCUACACAGCCCCUCAACACAUUGGAACAAGAUGCAUUCUUUGCACCAAGCAGCACCCCAUACCAAGCUGAUACAGAUUCUCAGUUCUCUCAACAAAGUCAUACAUCAGUAUCACGGAUAACAGAUUUCCAGUCUUUCACCAAUAAUAGGCCGUUCCAGUUCAUACAGACAUCAUAUGUUAUGCCAGAUUCAGUUGCUGCUGAUCCAGCGGUUAUAGCUGCUCAGCCAGCUGGAGCAUCUGGCUUGCAAUUUAUGUCAUCGGGAUUUGAUCCAGUCACUACUCAGAUCCCAAAGUCAGCAGACUUAUCUCAUAGCAGCAGCAGUAUGCAGCAGCACCAACAAUCUGCACUUCAAUCGCAGCAAACUCAAGACUUCAAUUCUCAAAAUUAUACUCAGUCUGGGUUACAGAAUGAUGGUAUUUAUGCUGCACCUGGCAUGGAUGAUACCAACCAGCUCACUCAUCCUGUCAUCAUGGGACACAUUGGAGAAGAUGGCGUGGCCACUUAUGAGAUUCCCCCAACAAUUCCUAUGCCAUCAUCUCAAACACAAGAUCAAAACCAACUUGACCAGCAGCAACAGCAGCAGGAGAAAAAGUUCCAAAUGAACGCCAGUGCACCAGUAUUCCAGUCUAUGUAUGCUCAGGUGGCCACAGGAUCUGCUGUUCCGGCAUCUACAGCACAGCCUGUUGUAGACCAGCCCGUCCCACCAUCAGGCUCUGCUGAGUUCACCAACACACCUGCUGCAAGUGGAGACUUUGGACAGCAAGGCUCAGAAUUUUCACAAAAUUUCCAAGGUAAUAAUGGAUUCCAGAGUUACAGGGGUAACCGAAGUGGUUACAGAGGUAACCGUGGUGGAGGUAAUGGCAGCAGUAACAGAGCUGCAGCAGCAGGUGGAAGUCCAGUACAGAAUGGCUUUGGGGGACGAGGUGGCGGUGCCAAUACUAAUAAUAGCCGCGGGGGCAGAGGAGGAUCCUUCCAAAACUACCAAUCUGGGUCUGGAAGUAACUACAGAUCAGAUAAUUUUCAGAGUGGCUAUAACUCUGGGAAUUUUGCAGGAGGAACCUUUCAAAAAAGGGGUGGACAGAAUUCCACAGGUGGCCAGAGCAGUUAUACCCGUGGAGGUAGUGGUGCCAGUGGAACCACUGGAAGGGGUUCAAGUAAUGGUGGGCGUGGUGGAAAUAACAUGUCCAGGGGAGGAACAGGAAGUGGUGCCGCAAGAGGAAGUGCUAGAGGCUUCUCCAGACCAAUGCCUGCCCAGUAGCUUUAUUAAACUUGCUUUUCUCAAAUUUACAGCUGCCUAUGGCAAUGGGUUGGCUGUAAGCUGAUGGGGGUAAUUUAAUAAUUAAAAACAGCUUUUAAAUAGCCUGGCUCACUUCCAGUCCACUAGCAUGUAGACUUUCAAGCUUAAUCGGGAAUACUUUAAUUUUAUUUUAGUAUCAAAAUUGUGUGAAGUAGCGGAUACUUCCACACUUUCACUAUUGAUUCCUGUCUGGUCUCACACAAUUUGGAAAUCUUUGUAGUCCUCAUAUCAGUGUCUCCACAUCUAAUAGAUCAUCAUUUUCCCCAUGGCAUCCUUCUUGUUUGAGAUACUCAUUUUUUUUUUCUUCAAAAAGAUUGUAGUUCUUUUCUUUUUUUUUUUUAAACAAGCAUAUAGUAGCAGGUAGCUACAUUAAUCAAACUUCAGCUUUAUGCAUAUCAAAUUACUGAUUGCAGUAUAUUUUUGUGCUAGUAGUGUUCAUACAAUUAGAAUCUCCUGUCAUCUCCCUUAGUUCUGCUUCUAUUCGUGGUGGUUUAAAUAGUGGACCAUAAUAUUGUAAUGUGAUUCAUUUUAUUUGUUGUGAAAAGUUUCUGUGUCUCAACAAGAAGGUUGUGUAGUAAGGAGACAGCCAGGUGGAAAAGAAUUCAUUUAAGCUUUGGGCACUGGAGGCCUAUAAAGAUUCCCUAACUUUAAAGUGGACGGAUAAUUUUUUAUCUCUCCACAAGGCAAUCAGUUGUGUGACUUUGAUGUGGGAAUUAUUUGUGUAAGAAUCAACGACAAACAAUCAUACAUAUUGGAUCAUUAAAAUGUUCUUUUUUUUUUCAUUUUUUUAUUAUUGUAAGAUUUAUUUUCCAAUGUUUUUGGGCUGAGUAAUUGAAAAAGUACUUGAUUAAUAAUGUUGUGUGGAGACUGGUCAUAUGAGUUUUGCAUACUUCAAAAAAAAAAAAACUUGUUUUGUUAGUGACAAUUUUCUUAACUUUUUCCAAUGUAGCUUAUUUUUUCCAGCUACAUGUUGUUUAUAAGUGUACUGAUUCAUGUUGUUCAGUUAAUUCACCACCAUCUUCAUUUUCAAAAAAAUCUUCAAGGGGUUAGGGCAAAGUUAGUGUUAUAAAUAAACAAAACAGGUUGUAACAGUUCACUUCUUACUUAACUACUGUUUAAUUCCAAUGAGUGUCAUGAACAAAGUUAAAAGGGAAUUGGUUCAUUUUUUUAAUUUGUACAAUGUAAAGAAAGUUUUUAUGUCAAGCUAAACUCUAGCCCUAAAGACAUCCUGUAAUAAGAUGUGAGAAGACUUGUAUUGGCUAACAGUAUUAUGUGGUGAGGUUAAAAUGACACUGAUGUAGGCCUUAUACUGAACCUUAAGUGCAAAAUUUUGUAUCAUUUUUUUUUUUACUAACUGUACUUGUGGAACAGCAUUUUUUUUUAACUAAAAAGAAAAGCUCUCCCCUCUCAGACUUCUUAUUUUGGGAAAUAAAAGUUCAUUAAGUAA